AUGGACGCCGUGCCGGAGGACCUCCGCUGCAAGCGCUCCGACGGCAAGCAGUGGCGCUGCAGCGCCCCUUCCAUGCCCGACAAGACCGUCUGCGAGAAGCACUACGUCCAGGCCAAGAAGCGCGCCGCCUCCUCCGCGCUACGCGCUACGCUCCGCAGGUCCUCCCCCUCCUACGCCGCCGCCUCCUACGCGCCGCCCCGUGAGGGCGACGCCGACGCUGACCUGCCCCUGCCAAUGGCUGUCGCGAGGCCCUUCUACGGCAGUGUCGUCGGGGAGCCUGUCUACGUGGCGGAGCCGGCGGUGCGGAGGGGGCUGCCCCUCAUCAAUGCUAUCGGCUCGCGCACCGCAGCGGAGCUAGUCGGGAGAGCCUCUGUAGGGCUGCAAGGCUGUGCCGAGGUGAAGACGAGUUGCCACCAAUGCCGGAGGAGUGUCAGUGCCGUUUGGUGUACCAGCUGUGACAGGAGGGGGUAUUGCGGCGGCUGCAUCUCCAGAUGGUACUCUGACAUUGCAAUAGAUGAUAUUCAAAAGGUUUGUCCAGCAUGCCGUGGCAUUUGUAACUGCAAAGUUUGCUUACAAGGAGACAACGUAAUUAAGGCAAGGGUGCAGGAGAUAUCUGUUGUAGAUAAGUUGAAAUAUCUUCAUAGCAUUUUGGCAUAUGUUCUUCCAGUGCUAAAGCAGAUUUACUCCGACCAAUGCUUUGAAAUAGGUGUUGAAACAAGAGCUUAUGGGCCCAAGAUGGACAUCAUUAGGGCAAAGAUGAAUUCUGAUGAGCAAAUGUGCUGUGACUUUUGCAAAGUGCCAGUGUUUGAUUAUCAUCGACACUGUCCAAGAUGUUUGUAUGACUUAUGCCUUGACUGUUGUCGAGAUAUUAGGCGCUCUCAGACAAAUGUAGUCAGAGGAGAAUAUGCUGAAAGUAAAGGUCCUGUGGUGGAGACAAAUAAAGAUAGUGCGAGUGACAGAGCAAGAUUGGAACCAUCUGCAGCAAGUGUCAACGAUAAGUUGUUCCCAGAGCCGAUAGAUGCAAAUGAUAUUGGCAUCAGAUCUUUGUUUCCUACAUGGAGAGCCAACAAUGAUGGCAGCAUCACUUGUGGGCCUCAUGAGGCUGGUGGUUGUGGCUCCUCAAAGCUGGUAUUAAGGCGAAUAUUCAAAAUAAACUGGAUUGGUAAGCUUGUAAAGAGUUCUCAAGAAAUGGUUAAUGGUUGCAAAGCACAUGAUCUUGAGAAUGGAUGCUCAUCCUGUCACGAUAGCAGAAGAUUGGACUCAAUUGGUCGCCAUAACUUUGGUCUCUCAAAAUGUUCAGAUAGUGAUGGUAUUGAUGGGAACUCUGUGUACUCUUCUGUACUGGAGAACUUAAAAUACGAGGGUAUUGUCCAUUUCCGUAAACACUGGAUAAAUGGGGAGCCUGUAAUUAUUAGGAAUGCAUUUGAGCCUUCUUUAUCAUCAAGUUGGGACCCGUUAAGCAUUUGGCGAGGAAUCCAGGAGAUCAUGGAUGAAAAAAUGGAUGAAAAUGCGAUAGUUAAAGCUGUGGACUGCUCAAACCAAUCAGAGGUGCAUAUCAAGCUCAACCAAUUUAUCAAAGGUUAUUCAGAUGGUCACAAGGGAGAAGAUGGCAAGUUAAUUAUGCUGAAACUGAAAGAUUGGCCUCCAGUGAGCGUAUUAGAGGAGUUUCUGUUAUGCCAGCGACCAGAGUUCAUUGUCAAUUUUCCCUUAGUAGACUUUAUCCAUUCUAAGUGGGGCUUUCUUAACCUUGCGGCUAAGUUACCCCCAGAUGCCCUACAGUCUGAAGUAGGCCUAAAGCUGCUUAUUGCAUAUGGAAGGCAGCAACAACCUGGUAAAAGCGAUUCAGUGACAAAUCUGAUGGUUAAGAUGGGUGAUGUGGUACACAUGUUAAUGCAUAGAGCUGAAAUGCGUUACCUAUGUCCAAAGAGUCUACAACCUGAGCAGCCGGAAAGGAUUGCCAAUGGGAUGGCAGUGCAUGUAAAUGCUCAUGCACCUGUGCAAAACUUGAAUCUGGAUAUGGGGGAACAAUCACCUGAACACACAGUUUCUAAGUCUUGCGGCCCUUCUGCAGGCUCUUCUGCUGAGCUAUCAAGUUCAUCACAUUCAGAGCAAGCAAAAACUAAUGGUGUAGAAAGAUCUCAGCCUGGUGCUCUUUGGGAUGUCUUCCGCAGGCAGGAUGUGCCGAUGCUGAAUAAAUAUUUAGCUUCUAACUGGGAGGAACUUACAAAUAACAGUCAGGCGAUGCUCUCUGUGAAGCAUCCUAUUUAUGAUCAAGCUGUAUAUCUCAGGGAGCACCAUAAAAGGGUAUUAAAGGAUCAAUAUGGAAUUGAACCUCGGACAUUUGAACAACAUAUUGGCGAGGCUGUUUUUAUUCCAGCUGGCUGUCCUUACCAAGUAAAAAAUCUCCAGUCUACGGUUCAGUUGGCUCUGGAUUUUUUGUCGCCUGAGAGUUUGCGGGAGUCGGCUCGUAUGGCCCAAGAGAUACGCUGCCUGCCAAAUCAUCAUGAUGCAAAACUGAAGAUGCUUGAGGUUGGAAAAAUAGCUUUAUAUGCAGCAAGUUCCGCUGUCAAAGAAAUUCAGAAAAUAACCCUUGAUCCCAAUAUCUGUGCCUUUCUCAGGUUUAAUCUGGAUAUCAGAUUUGAGGAUCAGAACCUAACCCGGGCAGUUUCAGAGAACUUGGCUAGAGUCACUAAACAACGAAAGGUGUCUUGUGGUUGA